UCGUGACGCCACCGGUCUGUGUGUAGUGGCAAGACAGCCAUUUUCGGUGUACAUGUGAAUCGCCAUACGGGGUGCUGCGCGAACACAAAGUAACGACGUGAUCAAAAGUACGAUGGCGUCGAGAUUCUUUGGAGCGGGCUCCGCGUCUUCGGAGGGAGAUUCGUCCAGUGAUGAGGAAGAGCAACAGCAGCAGCAGCAGCAACAGCAGCGCGCUCCCGUCGUUGGUCGUACAUUCCAACUCAGCGAUGAGGAGGAAGAUACGAAACGAGUAGUCCGUAGUGCAAAAGAUAAAAGGUUUGAGGAGAUGGAAACAAUCAUUAAACAUGUAAGGAACCACAAGAAAAUCAAAGACAUGACAAAGUUGUUGGAAAGUUUCGAGACGCUCACAAAGGCGUACAAGAAAGCCAGCAGUGUGAUCGACAAGGAGGGCAUACCGAGGUUUUACAUCAAAUGCCUGACAGAACUGGAGGAGUUUAUCAAUGAGUGCUGGGAGGAUCGAGACGGUCGCAAGGCGAUGAGCAAGAACAACUCUAAGAGCCUCAGCUCGAUGCGGCAGCGCGUUCGCAAGUACAACAGGGACUUUGAGGAGGCGAUCACUGCAUACAAGGAGAUGCGAGAUGAAGUCGUUUGCGUGAUUCAGGAUUCCUCGGAUGACGAUUCCUGGGGUUCCAGCGAAGCAUCGUCAUCUUCUCUGUCGUCCGACGAUGAGGCCUACGCUGGAAAUAUGGCGGCCAAGUUUCUGAAAAAAACUGGGGCUGACGCUGAACGUGAACAGGAAAAGAAGGAUAGGAGGAGGAGAGAAAAGAAAGAGAGAGCAAUGCGAGAAGAAGAGGAUGACCAAGAAAACGAAGGAGGAUGGACAAUGGUGAAGCAAGGAGCUCCCCUGGUCAAGGAGCGGCCGAAGAUGUUCGCGAAGGACGCCGAGGUGACGGUGGAGAACGUCAUCAAGAAGCUGCACGAGAUCCUGGCGGCGCGAGGAAAGAAGGGCACGGACCGGAUGGAGCAGAUCGAGCUGCUCGUCGAACUCAUGAACAUCGCGGAGGCUCACAACCUCGGCUUCGGCGUCAAGACGAAGAUCCUGUUCAACGUGACGAUGUCGGUGUACGACUACAACCCGAACGUCGUCUCGUGCAUGAAGCCAGACAUGUGGCAGAAGUUGCUCGAUCUGAUCCAAGAGUUUCUUCAGCUGCUGUCGGACAACCCGAAAAUGACCAUCAAUGAGAACAUAUCCGAUGAUUCAGAAGAGUUCACGAGUGACGAGGGAGAGUACCGCAUCCGCGGCUGCAUCAUCAGCAUGGUCGAGCGCAUGGACGAGGAGUUCACGAAGAUGCUGCAGGCCUGCGACGCCCACAGCACCGAAUACGUCGACAGGCUGAAGGACGAGAAGGUUGUUUGCACCAUCAUACGGAAGCUGCACACGUACAUGGAGGGCAGGAGCUCAGCGCCGGACAUGUGUCGCGUCUACAUGGUCCGCGUCAACCACAUGUACUACAAGUUUGACUACUCGACCAUCAGGAAGGUGACGAUGCAAGCACAGCGAAGAGUCAAGCGAAGAAGGCGACAGAACAGACCGGCGAGCAGAAGAAGUACCAAGGAGGAGCCGAAAAAGGAGGAGCCGAAAAAGGAGGAGCCGAAAAAGGAGGAGCCGAAAAAGGAGGAGCCGAAAAAGGAGGAGCCGAAAAUGGAGGAGCCGAAAAAGGAGGAGCCGAAAAAGGAGGAGCUGACAAAGGAAGAACCGACGACGAAGGAAGAACCGACGACGAAGGAAGACGCGACGAACGAGGAGCAGGCGAAGGAGGAAGCCAAGCCGGCGGAGGAGAAUGACGUGGAUAGCGGAGAAGAGAGCAAGAUCGCGGAGGACACCGAGCAGGAGGAGGUUCUGCAGGAUCCUUCCGCACUGAUGGACGAACUCUGCAAGUUCAUCUACGCUAAGGACGUCACCGACCGGAUAACAGAAGCGCGCCAUCUUGUGCCCACCAUCUACGCACGCGAUGCAAUGCACGACCGCGUGGUUCGAGGCGGCGAGACGCCUCAUGGCUCAUGUCGGCCACGCUGCAGGACAACCAUACCAGCACUCGGACGGUUUAGUUGUUGGAUUUUCCAUUCCAUCCCGAUCCAGGUAGAGCGCGGUGGCAGGACACCAUAUCAGCCCUCGGAAUCGCCGAUCCAGGUAAGAGCGCAGUGCAGGACACCAAUACAGCACUCGGACAUCCCGAUCCAGAUUCUCUACAACAGGACAAAAAAGUGAAAGAUGGUGCAGCUAGGACUGUGCGCGUUCCGCCACGGCAGCAUCCGCGAUGCCCACAACUGCCUGCUGGACAUCCAGAGCGGUGGCCGAGCGAAGGAGCUGCUCGCACAGGGCCUGCUGAUGCAGAGGCAGCAGGAGCGCAGGCCGGAGCAGGAGAAGAUUGAGAAGCAGCGGCAGAUGCCGUUCCACCAGCACAUCAACCUAGAGCUGCUGGAGUGCGUCUACCUGGUGUCGGCCAUGUUGCUGGAAAUUCCCUACAUGGCAGCUCACGAAUUCGAUCCGAGGAGAAGGAUGAUUAGCAAAAGUUUUCAUCAUCAGUUAAAAAUAGCAGACAGACAAACCCUUACUGGCCCACCGGAGUCAAUGCGCGAGCACGUAGUGGCGGCGUCGAAGGCAAUGAAAGUUGGUGACUGGCUACGCUGUAAGAACUUCAUUCUAAGCGAGAAAAUGGACACAAAGGUGUGGAAUCUGUUUCCUGAGAAGGAUAAGGUGCGCGAGAUGAUCCAGCACAAGAUCCAGGAGGAGUCGCUUCGCACGUACCUGUUCACGUACAGCAGCGUCUACAACUCGCUGAGCCUCGCCACGCUUGCUGAGCAGUUCCAGAUGGAGCGCAGCCUCGUGCACAGCAUCAUCAGCAAGAUGAUCAUCAACGAGGAGCUGAUGGGAGAAGACAGGGGGGAUACGGAGGACGAGGUGGCCACGAUCGCGGCCACGAUCGCGACUACAGCCGACGCAACUGAACCGGCUAACAUCGUAGCGACGGCCGUCAGGGGGCGCCGGCGAUCCUCGCGCGACGUCUCGGUCACGAUCGGCGAAUUUGACAAAUUAACUGCGACGAUUCAAAUAGGUGCUUGUAACUUGAGUCGGUCCAUCGCCGCCUUCUCUGAGGUGUCUGGUAGUGUGAGAUGGAGUUUGAAAGCUGCUUUUUAUCAGCUGAAGAUCUGA